UUAAUGAAAUUCAUACGUUCAAUUGUAGCAUCUCCGAAAAAUAGUAUAUAUGAACCGUCACUAAAUAUUGAACUCGAUCUAUCUUAUAUCACCCAACGAGUGAUUGUUUGUUCUGGCCCAGUAACAGGUCUAUUUCGCUCGAUCUAUCGUUACCCCAUACAGAAUUUUAUAAAGUUUCUAAAUUUCAAUCAUGACGGUGGUUGGCAUCUAUGGAACUUCCGUGGUGAAGAUCCUGGGUAUACUAGUGAGGAUGUGUCUGGUAAGGUUACCUUCAUGCCAUUCCCAGAUCAUCAACCCCCAACGUUAGAAAUAAUACUGGAAUCAAUCCAUGGGAUUUCGGAAUUUUUACAUGAAAAUGAUAAAAAUGUAGUGGUUCUUCAUUGUAAAGCUGGCAAAGGCCGGUCAGGAACUAUAUGUUGUGCAUACUUAAUGUCAGAGGAGGAGAUAGACGUGGACACGGCAAUUAAAUGGUAUACGAAAAAGAGAAUGAGAGAAUACGCUGGAGACGGAGUUUCAAUCAAAUCCCAAAUUAGAUAUUUAAAUUAUUGGUCACAAUGUUUAGAAUUUCCAAAGUUAUUAAAUGAUUCAAUUACUCAGAAAUUUAUUGUUAAAAGAAUUCAAUUUAUUGGAGUAGCCCCUUCGUUAUUAUCAAGUGUACACAAAUUGAAAUUCUCCUUAAAUGGAUAUAGAAAACUAUCUACAAAUAAAUAUGGAGUGGAAAUCAUAAAUUUGUUCACCCCUACAAUCUCGGAAUUUCAUCGCAAAGGUGAUCUGAUAUAUGUUAUCCCAUACAAAUAUUCAUUGGAAGUAAGUUCUGAUAUUCAACUUCUGGUGCCGGAGUAUGGAUAUGCGUGGGUGAACUUAACCUGCGAGGCAUUUUCGCAGCCAGUUGGAAAAAAAACUACAACCAUAAAAUUGAGUUGGGAUGAUGUCGAUGGAUACAACGGAACUCAACAAAAGGGAUAUCGUUUAUUCGACUGCUUGGAAAUUGAAUGCUACUACAACUACAAAUGA